CAGGAAGAUAAAGAUGGCAGCGCAGGCCUGGCUCCAGGUGGCUGGGGGCAGGGGCACAUGCUCCCGAGGCCCCAUUCCCCUGUCCCCACCACAGAAGCCCCGGACACCGCUGCUCCUGCCAUGGGCCCCAGAGGCUGGCCUGGCUCAGGACGGGGUGCAGGUGUGCACUGGCCCCGGGGCACCCGGGCUCCCUGGGGUCCUGUCCCAGGGCCCCUGCUCUGUCGGGGGAAUCCCAGAGCCGGGUUGCUCUCCGUUUCUUUCACGAAAGCACGUUUCAUCAUGCAGAAACGUCCGUGAGUCCCUCAGGUGUGGACAGGGACAGAGCUCCCCCGCCUGCCCCCAGCGCCAGCAGCGACGGCCCCGGCCCGUCUGCCCGCCCUCCACGGCGAGCCUCCGCCGUGUUCUCGGCCCCUUCACUUGCACUGCCCGUGAUCACGUCUCCUCCUUCGUCCCCGGUCACCAGCCCAGCCCCCAGCUCUGUCCAUCUUACUGUUCAGCCCCUGCACCACAGUGAUUUAUUCCAACCACAGGAUUGUGUGUGAGCGACACCCGCCUCCUUCCCGCCUCUCUGCGGGCGCUUCCUGCCUCCUGCCGCCGGUGCCCUCAGCUGCUUCUCAGGGGCGCACGUCAGCGAUGGCGGCCAUUCUCUGCCCAUGCCCCUGCGGCCAUGCCUGGGCUUCCACGGCCAGCAGGAGGCGCCUUCCCCUCUCCCUACACCCUGGACACUGCCCUCACCCUGGUCUGGAACCCUGCACCCUGCUUCGGGGCCGGCAGCUUCCUGGGAUCGAACGACCCCUCCCACGGUCGCCGUUGCCUGCGCAGGGACAACUUUCCUUUGAGCACCGUGCUGGGGGCCGACUGCUCCCCACACCCCGAGAGCGUGGACCUCUGUGUGCAGCCACAGCCCCGCCGGGGCUCCCGGACUCUACUGGCCCCCUGUCCUCUGACGAGCACGUGCGUCCUUACACUGGGCGACCGUGACCCUGAGCCACAGCCUCUGAGGUCUGGGCCGUGUGGUGGGCCCGACUCACCUGUGCAUUCCCAGCCUGGCUUCAGGGGCCGCCUUGGGUGUGUGGGUCCCCUAGACCCCCCAGGAAGGCGGCGUGACCUGUGGGCCCCAUGAGGGCAGCUGUGGAGGCUGAGAGCCCUCCAGUUGACAAAGUGAGGCCAGCUUCCUCCUGGGGCUCAGGACAGCACGCUGGGGUGCAGGUGAUAAGGGGCUUGUUGGGGUCCCCCGGUUCUGGGCGGUGUCAGGGAGUGUGCUGGGGACCCCGGGAGCUGGGAGGCCUGAGGUCCCCAGCCAGCCCUUGGUCCUGCGAGGUCCAGGGAGGACAGGGUCUCCUGGGGUGCCUUGGCGGCUCCCACCCCUGUUCUCCCCCCAGGGGGCGCCUGGCCCGGCCAGAGCGGGAGGAAGCGGAGGGGGCGCCCAGGUGCAGAGCAGCCAUGGGCGCGGGGGCUGGGACGCUGCUGCUGGCGCUGCUGCUGGCGCGGGGCGCACCCCAGGAGCCGGAAUCGCGGAUUUGGGACCCGCUGGCAGGUCCCAUGAACACCAGGCUGUUCUCAAGUAACCGACGGGCCCGGGGGCGGGGCGGGCUGUGCGGGGAGGGUCCGGUGUCACCUCCUUCCCCAGCGGGACGACCCGGGGCCGCGCGCUUCUACCGGGAUCCCGGGUCUCCACACACCCGGGGCGAGGGUGGGCGGGCUGGGCUGUGGCUGCCCUCAGUGCGCGUCGCUCUCUCCAUCCCAGAGCCCUGCGGAGAGCGGGAAAAUAAGCCGCUGAUCGUGGGCGGGGUGGAGUCGGUCCGCGGGCGCUGGCCCUGGAUGGUCAGCCUGAUUAGGGAGAAGAAACAAGUCUGUGGCGGGUCCUUGCUGAACCGCCGCUGGGUGAUGUCAGCCGCGCACUGCUUCGCAAAGUACGCAGAUGUGGACAGCUGGCGGGUCCAGGUGGGUCAGCUGAGGACAGGCCUCCUUUCUGCAACUUGGAGCCUGGACGAGGUGAUCCGAGUGAACAAAACUCUUCCAUUCCCUCUCCACCUGGGCACGGCCAAUGACGUCGCUGUGGUGGAGCUGGCCUCCCGCAUGACCUACAGCCCGACUGCCUGUUCUCCUCCACCUUCGUGGAACCCGACUGCUGACUGCCGGCGGGGGCUACAUGUUUAAAAUCUGAGUGAGCCGGGGGCACACGUGGUGGGGAGGGGCAGGCACUUCCUGAACACCCUGUUCCCGCCACAGCUGGCCCAGCAGCCCCUCUGUGGUCUCUGGGGGCCCGUGGAGCCCUCUGCCUGCCUGCUCAGCUCUCUCUGCACCUGCUUUCCUCCUCCGGCCCCCACCUGCAGGCAGGUCCUGCCUGGGGCUCCCACUGCCCUCUGCAGACCAUGGCACCUGAAGCCAGGGUGGAGGGCAGCCUGGCCAGGCCUGCCGUCCCGAGCCGAGUGGCCAGGGAGGAAGUCUGGCUCUCGUGGUGCAGCAGGGAUCAGAACCUCAGCACACGCAGGGAACACAGAAUCAAAACCUGCACGUCCUAGGAUCCGCCACAUAAACGAGAAGAAAGAGCAAAGGACAGAGACAGUGGGAGAGUCCCAGAGGGGUGAGGGUCUCGCAUCCGGAGGAGGACGUGGGCGGCGACUCUCUAGGAAGGCGCCCAAUGGCUGAGACCCGGCUGCCAGGCAGGGCCGUGGAGAGGACCCCUAUGUCAUUGGGAAGAGUCGGGUAGUUCUGGUGCUGACCUCCAGGACUAGGAGCUGUGAGCUGAGCCCUGCCUGUCGUGAGGUCCCCUCCCACCUGCCCUCGAGAGUGCAAAUCCCCAGUUGUGCCGGCACCGGGAGCCUGCCUCCCCCACUCUGACCCCUCCAGCCUGGCCGAGGAUGGACUGGCCGCGGGGCUGCGGGGCGGUUUCUAGAUGCACGCUCCACUCGUGGGUCUCUGCUUCCCACUCGCGCCAGCGCCACACGGUCGGAUUCCGGGAGCUAAGCAGUGUGUUCCGCCUCAGCGAUCCUGAGACCUCCCACCUGGUUCUCCUCCCCAACACUCUCGGGCGGGCUCCGCGUCGGGCCGUGCGUGCUCCACACAAACUGCAGAGUUGCCGAGGCAGGCGGCACAGAGCGCCGAUGCAGGCGGGGCGGUGCUGCCUUCACCCAGCUCGGCUGGAUAGCGAGCGAGCGUGCCGGCGACGUCUGUGGCUGUCUGUGUGCACAAACCUUGCUCCGCCACAAUGGAACUUAGUCCACUUUAUCCUGGCAUCGUCUCUCUUUCCUUCUUGGAGUGUUCAUUCUGCCCAGAAACGGCUCUGUGGAGACCGAUCCCGCGCCGUGCACUUGCUGGGUUCGCUGAGGAGUCCAGCAGGGUUCCGAGGCCUCUGCGGGUCCCUCCUGACGCGCUCUUGUCGUGUGCACAGCUGAUCCUCCUCCAGCAGAUGCGGAGUGAACCUUCAGUCUGUGCUGAACACAGGGGCCAGGGCAAGCGCCCCCCGCUCUCUCCUGACGACACAGGAGGCUCUGCGACUUCUCCCAUGAGCAUGGUUUUAGCUGUGGGCUUUUUUACACAGACUUUAAUUUAUUGGAUUAGUUUCCUUCUAGUCCUAGUUUGUAGAGUCUUUGUCUGAAAGAGUGUUGAAUUUGUUUAAAGAUUCAUGCACCUGAUUGGUAUAGUGGCAGACGGGUCUGAGAGAGAAAGAAUGAGAAGGAGACAGUGAGAGGAGCGAGAGAGCUUCCAUCUGCGCGUUCUCUCCCCAGGUGACCACACCAGCAGGUCAGCAUCGGAGAGGGCUGGGUGUUGUGAUACAGCCGGGUAAGCCACUGCCAUCAAUGCCGGCAUCCCACGUGGACAGUGGUUCAAGUCUCUGCUGCUUCACUUCUGAUCCAGCUUCCUGCUAAUGUUCCGUGGAAAGCAGCAGAAGAUGGCCCAAGUGCUGGUGCCCCUGCCACCCAUGUGGGAGACCUGGAUGGAAUUCUGGGCUCCUGGCUUUGUCUGGUUCCGGCUCCAGCUGUUGUGGCAAUUUGGGUGGGGGAGGGACUAGCCGAUGGAAUAUCCAUCUCUCUGUCUCUCUCUCUCUCUCUUCUCUCUCUCUGUAACUCUGCCUUUCAAAUAAAUAAAAUUCAAUUUAAAAAGAAGCAGAGGGGUCCGUGCUGUGGUACAGUGGGUUAAAGCCCCAACCUGCUGCACCGGCAUCCCAUAUGGGUGCCGGUUUGAGUCCUGGAUACUCCACUUCCAACCCAGCUUCCUGCUAAUGCACCUGGGAAAGCAAUGGAGGGCACAGGGACUUGGGCUGUCCUCCACUGCUUUUCCAGGUGCAUUAGCAGGGACGUGGGUUGGAAGCGGAGCAGCUGGAACUUGAACCGGUGCCCAUAUGGGAUGCCAGCACUGCAGGCAGCAUCCUAACCCACUACGGCACAGCGCCAGCACCUUGAAGGCCUCUUGAUACCUGUGUCCUACACCAUUUCUAUUUCCUAAAUUUGUGUAUCAAUGAUAAUUAUUGUAAAAUAUUAAUUGCCUUUUCAUUUUCCUUUGUAAUAUCUUUUAUAUUAUCUUAGUAAUAGCUCUGUGGAUUAUGGUUUGCUUUUUUUUGAAGAAAAGAAUUAUUUGAUAAUUUGAAAGACAGAGGUGGAGACAGAGGAGAGCGAGAAUUCCUGUCUACAAGUUCAUCCCCAACCAGGAAUGAGGCCAAAACCAGCAGCCUGGAACUCCACCCAGGCCUCCCCCAUGGAUGGCAGGGGCUUUCCCGGUGCAUUAGCAGGGAGCUCGGCUGGAAGUGAAGCAGCCAGGACUCCUGCUGGAGUCCAUGCAAGAUACCAGAGUCACCGGCAGUGGCUUAGCCCACUGUGCCACAGCGCUGGCCACGUCAUUAAUUUCUUGAAUGUAUUUAGAAGUAAUACCUCCUCAGCCUCAAGAGGACACAAAUCUUUGCUCCUGGACAGCCCCGGUCUCCGUCCGUCGCAGGGUCCCAGUUUGAAUCCUCAUGCAGUGUGAAAUCACCUGGACGGAUUCUGCUCUCGCUCUGAGUGCGUUGUGCAGGGUCACAGAGGAGUUACAACAGAGCGGCUCCGACUGCCCCCAGAUCACUGUUGCCGUCGUCCUGCCAUUGCCCUCUGCUUCCUUGCUUGGCUUUUGUUCAAAACCCCAAGUGGCCCUUUAAAAAGUACUUAUUCGUUUUUCUUCUUUGCAUGACAGAGACAGGAUGGUAGACCAAGGGAGGUCUUCAGUCUGCGGAUUCUCUCCUCAAAUGCCCACAGCACCCCGGGCUGGGCUGGGCUCAAACCAGGGUCCCAGAGCUGCGUCCAGGCGCUGGCACCCUCAGCUCUGGCUCCCAGGGUGCCUUAGCAGGACGUGGGCCUGGAAGAAGAGCAGGAUCACCCAGGCCCUCCAACCCCCCCCCCAGCCGUGCGCCGUCCACUUGGAGAUGGUUCCGGGUCCUCCCCAGCAGCACACGCGUGCUCCGUGCCCUAGAGCUGCACCCUCCACUGUGUGUUUCUGCCCCACAACUCACGUCUUUUUUUUUUUUUUUUUUUUUUAAUUUGACAGGCAGAGUUAGAGAGAAAGGUCUUCCUUCUGUUGGUUCACCCCCCAAAUGGCCACUACGGCUGGCGUGCUGUGCCGAUCCGAAGCCAGGAGCCAGGUGCUUCCUCCUGGUCUCCCACGUGGGUGCAGGGCCCAAGCACUUGGGCCAUUUUCCACUGGCUUCCCGGGCCACAGCAGAGAGCUGGACUGGAAGAGGAGCAACCGGGACAGAAUCUGGCACCCAUAUGGGAUGCCAGCACCGCAGGUGGAAGAUUAACCAAGUGAGCCACGGCACCAGCCCCACGUCUUUUAUUUUUAUAGAUUUAUUUAUUUUCUUGAAAGAGUUACAGAGAGGCAGAGGCAGAAGCGGAGAGAGAGAAAGGCCCUUUUUCUGCUAUUUCACUCACCAAAUAGCCUCAACGGCUGGAGCUGGGCUGACCCAAAGCUAGGGGACAGGAGCUUCCUCUGGGUCUCCCAUGUGGGUGCAGGGGCCCAAGCACUUGGGCCAUCUUCUACUGCUUUCCCAGGCCAGAGCUGGAUUGGAAAUGGAGCAACAGGGAUUCGAACCAGUGCCCAUAUGUGAUGCUGGCACCGCAGGCAGCUGCUUUUGCCGCGAUGUCACAGUGCUGGCCCCACAACUGACAUGUGAAUGCAUGGCAAAAACCAUUAACGUAGACUACUCAGGCUUGAUUUUUUAAUAUUUAUUUGUAAUCAACUUUACACGCUGCCUGCUGUACGCACAUCAAUCCAUGAUAACAUGCUUUGUGCUGGCAGAAAGGAAGGCGGUGUAGACACCUGUGGUGUGAGUAACCCCGCUCCCUCCCUAAUGGCAUCUCCCUGCCUUCCCAGCCCCCUCCCUGCUUCGCACCCCUACAUCCUAGGUUGGAGGGCCUGGCUUUGAGUCCCAGCUCCAGGACUGAUUACAGCUUUCUGCUGGGAGCCAGCAGGUGAUGGCCCAAGUACUUGGGUCCCUGGGCAACCUGGGUUCUGUUCCUGGCUCCUGCUUCAGCCUGGCCCAGGUGCAGCCGUUGCGGCCUUUUGGAGAGCAAACCAGCAGAUAGAAGAUUUCUCUGUCCCUCUUUCAAAUAAAUAAAUCUUUUAAAAACCUAUCAAGUUAGUGUUAUUUUGCAAAAUAAAUGGCCUGUAUUCUUCAAAGUGUCUCUGUCAGGAACUACAGAGAGCUCUUCCACAUUAGAGGAAUCUAGAAAGACAUGAGAAUUGAAUGCAAUGCACCUGUGAUUUUGAAGUUUUCUUUGGCUAUAAAUAAUG